AUGAAUGAUUUAGUCAUUCAUUUGGAAGUCCUUCAGAAGCGGAACAGUUAUAGUGAUGUCUCCGAGAUUACGAGUGUUGUGAUGAAUUGGAUCCAAUCGUAUGGAGAGUUGGAUCAAAUGGUGCGACAAUUGACCGAAAAGAGGGACUCGUUUGCAGUGAUGGAUAAACUGCCGAAACAGUUGUCCUCUAAUAUCGACGCCAUUAAUGUGUCUCUGAGUCGGUGUCUGUCAUCCGAGGCCAGUGGACAGACAUCAUCACCGGCACAGACGGGACCCGCAUUCAAGUACUACGUCUAUCACCUAAACUACGAGAGCGUGACCACCGAUGAGAUGGAGACCAAUGAGGAACAGUUGCCUUCAGCACAACACACGAUACUUCCGUCCAAUGAAUUGCACGGAUUGUGGGAAAGCCUUGUGUUUGACCUCAACAUCAAAGACCAAUUGCUUGAGUUUGUCUUAACCGCCCUCACGUUCGCCGACAAAGGAGUGGACAGUCAACUGAUUAACUGGAAUAAAGUGGUGUUACUUCACGGCCCGCCCGGCACUGGAAAGACAUCGUUGUGUCGCGCGUUGGCUCAGAAGCUGUCCAUUCGGUUGAGACACCGAUACAAGAGCUCACAACUCAUUGAAAUCAAUUCCCACUCUUUGUUCUCCAAAUGGUUCUCAGAGUCGGGAAAACUUGUGAUGAAAUUGUUUGAAAGGAUCAAAGAGUUCGUCGAAACGGACGAUCAGCUCAUACUUGUGCUCAUCGAUGAGGUGGAGAGUCUGGCGCACACCAGACAGGUCUCCAUGAAUGGCAGUGAGCCCUCCGAUGCCAUACGAGUGGUGAACGCAUUGCUCACACAAUUGGAUGGCAUUAAGAACUACUCGAAUGUCGUAAUCCUCACCACAUCUAACGUGACCACUGCUAUAGACUUGGCGUUUGUGGACAGGGCUGACAUCAAGCAGUACAUCGGCCUCCCGUGCGUUGAAACCAUUUACGAGAUCUACAGGUCGUGUAUCCAAGAGCUGGUCCGCAAGAGCAUCGUGUCGUGCGAUGAGUCCAUUCUGUCGUACAGUCAACUCAAACGAAUGGCCGAAACGUUGGGCACAACAUUCGCCGGUAAUUACAAACUCUUGGAAAUUGCAGAACAAAGCCAUUCCCUCAGUGGUCGCACUCUUCGCAAAAUACCAUUCCUGGCGAUCGCUCUCUACUCGUGCGGACAAAUUCCCGUCUCUUUCACUCUGUUCCUCGAAUUCAUGUCCAAAGCUGUGCGCAAACAACUCGAUGACAGAAAUGAGUUGAAAUGA